ACUCAUACAUGUCUGAACCGCUUCUGCGUCUCUUAGUCUGUGAAGAAACUCUCUCUCUUUCUCUUUCUCUCUCUCUCUGUGUCUCGGCCUCCCACUGAAUCCCCACCCCCACCACACAAAACCACCCAAAAAAAACAAAAAACAAAAAAUGUCUUCCCCAAGCAAGCGCCGGGAGAUGGAUUUGAUGAAACUGAUGAUGAGUGAUUAUAAGGUGGAGAUGAUCAAUGAUGGCAUGCAAGAGUUUUAUGUGGAUUUUCAUGGACCUAAAGACAGUUCUUAUCAGGGAGGUGUAUGGAGGAUAAGGGUGGAGCUGCCAGAUGCCUAUCCUUAUAAAUCUCCAUCUAUUGGGUUUAUCAACAAAAUCUACCACCCAAAUGUUGAUGAAAUGUCUGGCUCGGUUUGUUUAGAUGUUAUCAACCAGACAUGGAGCCCUAUGUUUGACCUGGUCAAUGUGUUUGAAGUAUUUCUUCCUCAACUCCUUUUGUAUCCAAACCCAUCUGAUCCAUUGAAUGGAGAAGCUGCUGCUUUGAUGAUGCGUGAUCGUACUGCUUAUGAUCAAAGAGUUAAAGAGUACUGUGAGAAAUAUGCCAAGCCAGAAGACCUGGGGACAGCUCAAGAGGAAGAAUCCAGCGAGGAGGAGCUGAGUGAAGAUGAAUAUCCAUCCAGUGAUGAGGGGGUCGCGGGAAAAGCUGAUCCUUAAUGCUCUGGCCUAGUCUGUCUGUACAUGAUAAUGAUAUUAUGUGCUCCUGGAAAAUGGAAACCCAAGAAAACUCCUUUGGCCUUUUAUUUUCCAUGGUGGUGGUGUAAAUUAAUCGACUAUGAUUUAGUGUUUGAAAUAAUUCAUUUUAAUGUUGGAACUAUAAUAAUUAACUGCUUAUUUGCACUCUUUUUA